CACGUCCAGUAAGAGACACACACACUCACGUCCAGUAAGAGACACACACACACACACACACCAGUAAGAGACACACACACACACGUCCAGUAAGACACACACACACACACACACACGAUCAGAGACGUAUUAGUACAAUGCAUUAGUGAUGGAAUAUGAGCCUUACUUAUCUACAGCACAUUUCUGGAACAUCUUACUAGUGAUAUCGUGUUGGUGUUCAAACAUGGAGAGGUACUACUUUGAUUUGAUGAAGUCUAUUUGAGAAGCGUUUUGCUCUUGGGUUACAGCACAGUAAAGGAAGCCCUGGGACAAAAGUGAGACAUUUUAAUUCUGCUGAUCCAUUUUCUUAGGUCUUUCUCUCCGGUGUUAACGACUUGUAAAAAAUACAAAUCAUACAUAAAACAGCACAUCGACCAGAUCAUGAGUUCUCACGGGAAGCAGAUCCUGCAGGCGGUGACCCUCAUCCUGGAGGCGGAGCACAGUGUGGAGGUCAAAGAGCAGACGCUGUGCAUCCUCGCCAACAUCGCAGACGGCAACACAGCCAAGGAAAUCCUCAUGACCAAUGACGACAUGCUGCAGAAAAUCAAAUACUACAUGGGGCAUUCGAAUGUAAAACUGCAGCUCGCCGCCACGUUCUGCGUCUCCAACCUGAUCUGGAACGAGGAGGACGUUCAAGCAGUGGUCAGCAGCGAUUGUUCCCCAAAAGGUCAGCACAGCUCAGGUUCUCAGGAGCGUCAGGAUAAACUGAGAGAGAUGGGCUUUGUCGACAUUCUGCACAAACUCACCCAGGCCUCGGACCCCAACCUCUGUGACAGGGCGAAGACGGCGAUGCAGCAGUACCUCGCGUGACCACAGGGGGCAGAGAUCCUCCACUGCCAGCCUCACUAACAAUCGUCGGGAGGAAACCGGCCAUCGGCUCUUUUUUUUCAGUUUUUUUUUUUUGCACAAAGACACCUUUUGUGGACCUGUGGCUGGCCUCCCCCCCCCCCCCCCCCCCCCCCCCCCCUCUCCCCCCUCCCCCACACCACCACCACCUCACUCCAGACCUCACCUCGGAGACUCUGUGGUUGUUGGGAGAUUAACGGUUAGGAGGGGUUUGCUUGUUUGUUUUCUUUCAACAAUGAAGUGAUAUUUUUCCUUUUGGGACUUUGUGAGUUUGGUUGGCGUGCGACAGCCUGUUGGACUCCUUACGAUGGAGAUGGCGCUCUCAGAGAAAUGGACUACGAGGUUUUUGAGCACGGCUGUCGGACAGCAAAGCUUCCCGGUUUUAUUUCCUUUUUAAUUAAUAUUACUAUUAAUAAUGUUUCCUUCAGGCGCCGCAAGCAAGGACACAUUUGGAAAAAUACAGACUUGCCUAUUUUGGAAUUUUGGGUGUUUUUUUUUCAUUUUUUUGUGGAUACAUACCUCGUAAAUAUAUAAAUAUAUAUAAAUAUAAACAUAAAUAUAUAUUUUUGGAUUUGUAUUUUCCCCCGUUAUGUUUUCAUUCAUGCUCUCUGAACCCUGGCAGUGAAUCCACUGCAGUCUGAUUAUGGAAAUGACUUUGAAUGUGGAUUUUUUUUUUUUGAGGUAAAUAAGGAAAGGAAAUGUGAUUCUCCUUGAAUUUCUGUUUUUGAUUUUCUCACCGUUGUGGUUCUGCGUGCACUGCCGUCCGUCACUUCUGUCCAACAUCCUUAUAGUCCCAAUGGGAAAUGUAGAUCCAGAGAGCUCACUCUGACCUGCCCGGUUACUAACUAACAGGCAUGAGUUCACACAGCCGAGAUAAGAGGGUUCAUGUGUCCUCACUGCUCGGUUUAACAAUGUCAGCCCCUCUUCUGUGUGUGUUUGUCAAAAGGGAUUUCUCUCUCUCUCCUCUGAAGUGUUUUGGAGAAGCGAGGACAGUGGAUGUAAGGCACGUCCACAGCAGCAGAAGUGCUUCAUUUCCUCAUUAUAUACUUUCCUCUCCCAUCAGGAUCUUUCUAGACUGUUGUUCCCUGACAUUUCAAUCCUUACUGAAACUCUGAUAGAAUGAAUGUUGCCAUUGAAAAUAUAUGCAGACUUGAAGAAGAAUC